UUGCUGUUCAGUCAGAAUUCAGGACAGAAGAAGAAGAAGAGAGCUUGCCUGCCCUCCAGCUCGUUGGUGUCCUUGCAGUUAUAUAUCUUGUGUUUUCACCUCUGUGUUCUCCUGUCUGUCUGAAUUUGGUGAUCCAAGACACUUUGAACAAACCGCUUCCUCGAAUCAUCCUGUGUUUGGAAAUUGGGAUUUCAUAUUAAAAGAAGUCAUGUUUCGAAGGAGAAUACCCUUCGUAGAUGUCUUCUUCGCCACACUGGUUGGAGUCGCUGGUGGUGUUUAUAUCUUCAGCCCUGUUUUUGCACCUCAGCCGGAGCCGAAGACCUCAGAACAACGAAACCAGGAUGUGCCACAGAAACCAAAAGAAACAGACUUAUAUAUUUCACCCCUUCAAGGAAAUACAUCACAGACAGAAACCAAGAGAUCAACAUGAGAGGCUGCUGGACUCUGAGAGCUGCAGGCUGAAUCAAAGACCUGUACGGAUUUAUGCUUCUUUGGGGUUGUGUGAUUGUUCAUUUACAAAAUAAAACAUUUAAUAAUUUCACCUCUUGAAUAAUCAUCUAUUUCAAAAUGAUGUGUCAAAAGUUUUGUUUUAUAUGUUUGUUUUGAUCUGCAAUCAUUACAAAGGGAAACUCACAUUCAUCAAAUCAGUUAGCUUACACAAAACCUCAAUGCUGUAUGUGAUUUAUUGAAUAUAUAGAGAAAUUAUGUGUAUGAAAACAAAAAAGCUUAAUAUAUUUCUAAAUAUGCCAAUAAAUACGACUUAAAGUCCUGCGGUGCUGUAAAGUAAAAACUUUAUUUGUAUAGUGCCUCUCUUGCAAAAUUGUAUUCAAAGUGUUAAAAAUUACAAUGAAAAUGCAUCAAUACAAUAAACAAUGCACAGUACAAUACUUUA